ACAUCCGGGUUACACAAAAGGUUUCCGCGGACGCCAUGUUGCUGAAUGAAAUUAGCUCCAAAACAUUGAGUAGCCGCUAGCAAUAUCUGUAUUUUAUUUUUUCGCGGAAUCGCAUUUGUUACAGUAGUUGACUUAUUGUAAACAUGACUUAGGAUUUAUGAAACUACUACAGAAGCCCCAUUCCCUAUUAUUGUGUUUAGACAUAGUUACAGUGACACGCAAUGCACCAUGGAAGUGGAUCACAGAAUAUGCAACGACAGCUUCAGAGAUCCAAGUCUGUCAGUGGGUCUGAGGCAGAGGAGCAGCAGCAGCAGCAGCCCACCAUGGCAGUCACACAGCAGCAAGCUACAGUUAACCACCCUCAAUCUCCUGUGACCACAUUUUCCUCUGCUGCCAGCCCUUCAGCCCCCCAGUCGCCCAAUUACCAGAUAAUCAUGAGUCGAAGCCCAGUUGCUGCCCAGAACAUGAACAUCACAUUACAAAAUAUGGGGCAGAUGGUGACUGGUAACCAGCCGAUCACCCUGACCACACUUCCUAUCCAGAACCCUGCUUCCCCUGGCUUUCAGCAUACAGCCCCUCAGUGGAGGUUCGAUCAUGCUCCAUCCUCCUACAUCCAGGUCACUUCACCUGUGCCCCAGCCCAUACAACCACAAAGUCCCACCCAGCAUAGCCCAGUCCCUCUGCAGGGUGUGACAAGGCCAGGAGCACCUGCAACAGCAUUGAGUGUGUGUGGACAGAGCCCAACACGAUUUGUUGAAGCUGGUAUGUUAGUGCGGCAAAUCAGUUUAGGCAGUCCAUCGGGAAGCGGCCACUUUGUUUAUCAGGAGGGGACAGGAUUGGCCCAGAUUGCCCCAGCCACACCUGGCCAGGUGCAGCUGGCCUCUCCAGGAGCACCAGGCUCUGUGAGGGAACGUAGACUCUCUCAGCCUCACUCACAGACUGGAGGUACCAUCCACCACCUUGGACCCCAAAGUCCUGUGGCCACUGGUACUGCUCUCCCCACACUGAGUAGCCCUGGUCACAUCACCACCUCCAACCUACCUCCACAGAUCAGCAGUAUCAUUCAAGGACAACUGGCACGCCCUAUGAUAUUUGAGAAGACGUCACAGGGUGUGGUGGCUGGCGUAGGAACUACAGCCACAGCGUCUUUCAGUAUACCCUCCUCCAUUCCACCCUCAAGCCCAUCCCUCACCAGUCCAACCCAGGGGAUCCCCAGCAAUCCACUUGCACCCACUAGUGUGGCUGUAGGCACUGUGAAGAAGCAGGCUCCCAAGAAGUUAGAGGAAAUUGCCCCUUCUACACCAGAGAUUGCUCAGCUGAGAAAACAGUGCUUGGAGCACCACACCAAGAAGAUGGAGAGCCUGAAAGAAGUGUUCAAAGAAUACCUGAUUGAGCUUUUCUUUCUGCAGCACCUCCAAGGGAACAUGAUGGACUACUUGGCUUUUAAGAAAAAGCCCUGUGUCCCCUUGUAUACUUACUUGAGACAGAAUGACUUGGAUCUGGAAGAGGAAGAGGAAGAAGAAGAACAGUCUGAGGUCAUUAAUGAUGAGGUAAAGGUUGUUACUGGAAAGGAUGGCCAAGCAGUGACACCAGUUGCCAUAGCAACACAGCUUCCUGCCAAUGUUUCUGCAGCUUUCUCUGUCCAGCAACAGUUUCAGGGACACCAAGGGGCUGCUGCUGGCACAAUUGCAAACCCUGGAGACAUGGAUGCCUUUAAGAGGCAACAGGCUAUGGUGCAAGCAGAUCAGGCUAAGAGGCCCCGGAUUGACGUUGGUCGCCAUGGGCUGAUUUUCCAGCAUCCUGGUGUAGCUCCUUUAGGAUCACCUGGCGUUCCACUCCAGCAGCUUAUGCCAACUGCGCAAGGCGGGAUGCCGCCUACUCCUCAAGCGGUCCAGAUUGCAGGACAGAAGCAGAACCAGCAACAAUACGACCCAUCCAAAGGGCCUCCAGUGCAGAAUGCGGCCAGCCUGCACACCCCUCCUCCUCAGCUGCCAGGCAGGUUACCCCAAGGUUCCCUACCCAUGGCAGGCCUUCCCAUGGCACUCUCUCAGCAAGCCCAGUUAGUGGAGAACACGGCUCAGCCUGGUGGUCAGCUCCAGGCCCAGGUGAAGGUGCAGGCGGGCGGACCUGUCCUGGCCACAGUGAACCCCCACACUCAGCUCCAAGCUCAGUUGCAGCAGCAGAUGCAGCCGGGUCUUCAUCUCCAGUUGCAGCCCCAGCAGUCCCAGGCCCUAUUACAGUCAGGACAAGCGACAGUGGCACUUGCUCGGCCUGGUACAGAGUCAAACCCGCCAGUUCAGAGAGUCAUGACUAACUCGAUAUCCAUGACAUCCAUGUCGCCUGCUCCCCUCUCUGCUCCUAAUUCUGUUUCAACCCACCAUACUGCAAGUCCUCUGCGCCCUCUGGGCUCCAACAUCAACCCAAGCACUCAGUCCAAACUGACUGGAACUAAUGGCAUAUCCACUGUCAAAGCUGGUGGCUUUGGUCAAAGUGCAACUUUGCAGUCCUCACAGGAGGGAUCUCAAGAUAAACAAGUUGAGCAGGCCAAACUGGAGAGUCAAGUCCAUCAACGCAUCUCUGAGCUGAGGAAGGAGGGCCAGUGGUCAGCCAGUCGGCUCCCCAAGCUGGUGGAAGCCUCACGUCCAAAGUCCCACUGGGACUACCUCCUGGAGGAGAUGCAGUGGAUGGCAGCUGACUUUGCCCAGGAAAGGAGAUGGAAAGAGGCUGCUGCUAAGAAGCUCGUCCGCACGUGUGCCCGUUACCACCAAGAGCAGAAGAAAAGUGAAGAGAGGUCAAAGAAAGAGAAGGAAAUUCAUCUUCGCCACAUUGCCAGCACAAUUGCCCGAGAGGUGGAAUUCUUCUGGUCAAACCUUGAGCAGGUUGUGGAAAUUAAACUCCAGUUUGAAAUUUAUGAGAAGAGGCUCAAAGCACUUCGCUUACAAAAGGCGUCAGGCAAAGUACCCGGACAGUCAGUAGGAGUGAAAGCUGAGAAAGAGGAGGUGGCAACUUCAGCAAGAAAGAGAAAAUCGAGUUUGUCCUUGGUUGAUGAAGAUGUUGCAGAUGAAGAGAGCACCAUCGAGGAACAGGAGGUCAUGGAGCGGGAGGCAGACCACAAAGCAGAGUUGGUUGACCUUGCCAAAGAUGCUGAGAUGCCUCUGGAUGCUUUGAUGAAGCAGUAUGCUGGCGCCUACGUUGACGGCUUUGAGUGGCCUCAGCCUAGUCCUCAUAGUGAUGAGGAUGACAUGGAUGAAACUGAAGAGAUGGGGGGUCCUGUAGGCAGUCCCCCUGAGGCAGUGAUGAUUGACUCCCUGCUCAAUGUGGACCAGUACCGCGGUGCUGACAAAGCCACGUCCUCUGAGUCUGAUGGGAAGCCUGCUAGGGACAUCGCUGAAGUGGCUGCUGCCACAGAGCUCAUCCUGCCCAAGGGCAGCUUCAGGACCACUUCCUCAACCCGCAGCCCGGCUCCUUUUCUACUGCACGGGUCUCUGCGAGAAUAUCAGCAAAUUGGUGUGGACUGGCUGAUAAACCUUUACAAGAAACACCUCAAUGGCAUCCUAGCAGAUGAGACUGGCCUCGGCAAGACUGUCCAGAUGGUGGCUUACAUGGCCCACUUAGCUGGACAAGAGGGUGUCUGGGGACCCCACCUCGUUGUAGUCAGGACAUGCAAACUGCUGAACUGGGAGGUGGAGUUCAAGCGCUGGUGUCCUGGCCUGAAGAUCCUCCUGUACCUUGGCAACAGAAGGCAGCGCAGAUCGAUGAGAAUGUGGUGGGGGGAAGCCAACAGCUUCCACGUAUGUGUGACAUCCUACAAGUUGCUGAUGAAAGACCAGAGCCAUUUCCUGAAGAGAAGGUGGAGGCACUUGGUCCUGGACGAGGUGCAGCUCAUCAAAAACAUGACUGAGAAACACUGGGAGACAAUCUUUGCUCUCAAAAGUGAGCAGAGGCUGCUCCUCAUCAGCACUCCUCUACAGAACACUCUGAAGGAGCUGUGGACCAUGAUCCACUUUCUUUUGCCAGGAAUCACCAGAGCCUACUCUGACUUCCCUGUUAAGGCAGGCACAGACCAGAACCAGGACUACUGCCACAAACUGGUCAUCCGCCUGCACAGGGUGAUCCAGCCGUUCAUCCUGAGGCGCUCCAAAAGAGAGGUGGAGAAACAGCUGCCCAAGAAGUACGAGCACAUCCUGAAGUGCCGUCUCUCCAGCAGGCAGAAGAGCCUUUACGAGGACAUCCUGACCCGACCGGGAGCCCAGGAGGCGCUGAAGACGGGUCACUUUGUCAGCGUACUUCAGGUGUUGAUGCAGUUACAGCGGGUGUGUAACCACCCUGAGCUGGUGGCACCCAGAGAGAACAGCACCUCGUACUUCUGCUCCGCCCUUCAGUACGGCGCUCCAUCACUGGUGCUGGGAGCUCUGCAGGAUGACACGAGCAAGAUUACAAGCAUGUCCAUAUUUGAUCUGAUCAAUAAUGAGAACAGACUGACUCGAUAUCAGACUGAAGAGGCAGUACCCAAACUGAAGCUCACCCAGCAGCUCAUAGAGGAGAUCUACUCUGGACCAGAUCCACCGCCACGACCAAAGCCGUGCCCCAUUAAACCCAUGAGAUUGUUCCAGCCAGUGCAGUAUGGGACAAAGCCAGAAGGUCGGCUGGCUGCCGUCACAAGUGCAGCAGGCCAGCGUCCUCCAACGAGCUCUCCGGCUACCAUCAGCCCUGCUUCCACCACCACCCAGUCAGCCCAGACCAGGGGCAAGUCCCCUGUCACCACUGCCACCACUACAGCCACGUCUCACGCGGUUGGAACAGCUACUCAGAGAGCCCAGACUACCCUUCCUGUCAACAACAGCAGCAACACUGCCGCCUCCACUGUCGCCUCCUCUGGGAACAGUGGCAUUGGACAGCAUGUGCUGGGGGCUGCCUCUGUGGCCUUAGGCACAGUUAUGGGAUCUAUAGCUCCCAUUGGUCAGCCUGGAUUAGCACAGGUCCCGAGGCCAGCUCUAGCCCCCAGCCAUGCUGUCCAGCCCAGCCUGCUGUCCCAGAGGCUGGUUCUUACAUCCCAGGCCCAGGCACGGUUGCCUAGUGGAGAUGUGGUGAAGAUCGCCCAGCUGGCCAACAUAGCAGGCAGUCAGAAUCGUAUCUCCCAGCCAGAGACUCCCGUCACUCUGCAGUUUCAGGGUAACAAGUUCACGUUGUCCCCCAGCCAGCUCCGCCAGCUCACCACGGGACAGCCAUUGCAGCUCCAAGGUAACAUCCUGCAGAUUGUGUCGGCUCCCGCACAGCCGAUCAUCAGGCCCCAGGGAUCCAUGGCAAUGCCACAAGCUGUUCCUGCCUCCGGCGCCUCAGCUACACCUGGCACAGCUCAUCCUGCCCUGUCAACAGCCCAGCAAGCCUUGGGAGUGACCACAAAUGCCACAUCAGCCCCCUCAAAGCUCACCACUGCAGCUCCGGCUGGUUCUCAGGAGUCUUCAGAAGAAAAGACUCAGCAGCUGAAGGAGCGUUUGAGCCGCCUGUUUGAAGCGAAUGAGCGACGCUGUAGCCGCAGAGUGUUGUACGGGUCCGACCUGCUGCAGGUGUGCACUUUGAGCUCGGAGCCUGCUCACUCUGCGCUCACAGCUGGAGGCUGGAGGUGGGUGGGCAGGGAGAGCUGCCUCAGGGCCCAGAGGACCUGCGUGGCUACCACCUCUACACUGCAGUCCACUCUGCUCUCUGUGGAGGACCGCCUGCAGGCUGCCAACAGCCUCAUCAACAGGCUGGUAUGUGUGCUGCCUCCAGCUGUGGCUCCACCUCCUCACCUGUACGCAGCCAAUCCCCCGGUCCCCUACAGCCUUGAGCAGAAGGCCUUUCGCCGUCGGCUACAGGAAGCCGCUGCUCCCUACAGUCCAGACAUCCACCACUUGGCAUCCAGGGGACUCUUCUGUUUUCCUGACCUGCAGCUAAUGCAGAUGGACUCUGGUAAACUGGAAGCUCUCGCCAUUCUGCUGCAGAAGCUUCGGUCUGACGGCCGUCGUGUCCUCAUCUUCACUCAGAUGGCUAAGAUGCUGGACAUCCUGGAGGCCUUCCUGGAUCACAGGCAGCUCACGUAUGUGCGGGUUGAUGAGAGCUUCACUCCCGAUGAACGACAGGAGAGUAUGAAGAACUUUAACAGGAACAGGAAGGUGUUCUGCAGCAUCCUGACCAACCGCUGCUGCUCUGCAGUCGGGACUGUGUUUGAUGCAGACACCAUCAUCUUCUACGACACGGACCUCAAUCCCAGCAUGGACGCCCGCACGCAGGAGUGGUGCGACAAAAUAGGACGUUCCAAAGACAUACACAUAUACAGGUUGGAGAGCGGGAACUCGAUUGAAGAGAAACUGCUGAAGAACGGCACCAAGGACCUGAUCAGAGAGGUGGCAGCUCAGGGCACUGACUACACCUUGGCCUUCCUCACGCAACGGACAAUCCAGGAUCUGUUUGAGGUGGAGGCAGGCUCAGGGGAGAAGGUGGAGGAGUUUGUGGUUCUUCAUCAGGAGCCUUCAGCCUCUGAAGCCAUCUCCCCCAGAGUGGCUAGACCUUACAUCCAGGCUCUCCACAGCAUAAACCUGGAUGCCCCACAGAAAGAGCAGCAGCAGCAGGAGGAGGAGGAGGAGUUAGCAGGAAAGGAGUCAACAAAGGAUGAGGAGGAGUCAGAGAACCAAGCUAGAGAAGAACCUCCACAUAAAGAGGAGCUGAAUGCAGUCAUGGAACAGCUCACACCGAUUGAAAGGUAUGCCCUGCAUUACCUGGAGUACCUCCACAUCAGUGAUGAUGAAACUGCUCUCAAGGAGCAACUGGAGUCCUCCAAGCGAGGCUGGGAGCUGCAGCAGCUGCAGAGGCUGAAGGUGGAGGAGGAGGAGCGGCAGAUCGCAGAAGGAGAUGAAGAUCUCUUCACCUACACCAGAGAGGAUGCCUACAACAUGGAGUAUGUGUUCGAUGCAGAGGACGGCCACACAGAAAUCAUGCCGCUUUGGACUCCACCCACACCACCACAGGAUGACAACGACAUUUACAUCGACUCCGUGAUGAUGCUGAUGUACGACACCACCCCCAUGCCAGAGUCCAAGCUGCCUCCAGUCUACAUCCGCAAGGAGCACAAGAGACUCAAGAUGGACCCGUCAGCAGCCAGAAAGAAGAAGAAGGGCCAUGGAGAGACUGUCAUUCCUCCACGCUCCCUUUUUGAAAAGGCCAGCAUGCUGAAAGUUCGCCGCGAGGGCAAAGACCAGAAAAAGAACUUCUCCCUCAAGCAACAGGCGCCCUUUGCCAAGCCCCUGCCCUCGCUGGUCAAACCUGCCAUGGAGGCGGGACAGGACAACCCAGAGUGGCUCAUCAGUGAGGACUGGGCUCUGCUUCAGGCUGUGAAGCAGCUGCUGGAGUUGCCUCUGAACCUGACAAUCGUGUCUCCUGCACACACCCCUAACUGGGAUCUGGUGAGCGAUGUGGUGAACUCCUGCAGCCGCAUCUACCGCUCGCCCAAACAGUGUCGCAACCGCUACGAAAACGUCAUCAUCCCCAGGGAAGAGGGCAAGUUGGUGUACGAGGCAAACCCCAAGAAGAAAACCAAGAGCAUCUACAAGUCUAAGAACAGCCGUCCUCUGAGGACCUGUCAGAUCUACACGCAGGACGACAACGCCACACACAUUCAGCUCUACAACAGCCGCUUCGAACUCAUGAAGAUCAUCGCCAGCAAGAGGAGUCCACCAAUCAAACCACUACUUGGCAUGAAUCCGUUCCAGAAGAAUCCUAAACAUGCUUCGGUCUUGGCAGAAAGCGGGAUCAGCUACGACAAGCCGCUCCCUCCCAUUCAGGUGGCGUCCCAGCGCGCUGAAAGGAUUGCCAAGGAGAAAAAGGCCCUUGCAGAGCAGCAGAAGGCUCAGCAGUUGGCCCAGCAGCAGCAGACCGGAGCUCCGCAGGUCCAGGCUGCGGCCGGCCAGGCUCAGCCUCCCGCUGCAGGCCAGGCUCAGGCUCAGGUCCCCCAGGCUGCCACAGUGGCCGGAGCUGCUGCUGUGCCCAAUGCAGCUGUGCUGGCCGGAGCCAUAAAAAACGCCACCGUGGGGACGACCAUCCAGGCUGCCACCGUAGGGGGGAAUGUGAUUGUGAACACAGUAGCUGGAGUUGCUCCAAGUCCCUUCCAGGCCAACAAGCGCCUGGCAUCUCCAGUCAUACCAGGCACCCUGUCUCCUGCUAAUGCAGCCGGAGCCCAGGUGGUCCACGCACAACAGAGGGCCGUCACUGCUGCCUCUGCCGAAGUGGUCGCCAUAGCUACGGGUCAGGGCGUUCGAGCCGUUACCCCGGUGACUGCGUCUGCAGUCGUUUCCACCACCCUGAGCCCGGUGCAGUCACAGACCCGCCCCCUGGUCACUCAGGUGACCCCAGCCCCAGGUAUGCAGUUGCCUCAGACAAAGACUCUCACCCCAGCUCACCUGCAGAUGCUCCGACAGCAGCAGCUGCAGCAGCAGCAGCAGCAACAGCAGCAACAACAGCAGGCUGCUUCCCCCCAGAUCAAAGGCAAACCGCAGGAGUUGUUAAAGAUGCACAAACAUAAGCUGCAGCUGCAGCAGCAACAGCAGCAGCAGCAGGUAGCUGCGGCCGUGGCAGCAGCAGCAGCUCAGGGCCAGCAGGCCGCCGGGGCCCAGCAGGCCAUCCAGGUGCAGCCCACGCAGGCUGCCCAGGCCACCCAGCAGGUAGCAGCGGUGGCAGCACCCAGACCUGGAGCCGUGCUCACCGGCCCCACCGUGACCAACCUGCAGGUGGCCAGACUGACUCGAGUGCCCACUCAGGGUCAGAUUCAGGCUCAGGCAGGACAGACGGCUCAGGUGACCCUCACCAAGCCUCCGGUGGUCUCCGUGCCAGCUGUGGUCUCCUCAGCCGGCGUCACCACACUGCCAGUCACUGUAGCAGGCAUCAGUGUGGCUAUUGGUCAGGCCCAGAAAACCGGUGGGCCUGUGCUGACGCCGUCCUUCCCCCAGAUGCAGGUCCAGCAACUGCUUCAGAUGAAGAAGCAGCAGCAGGCGGCGGCUGUACAGGCGGCUGCCGCAGCCCAGCAGAAGGCCGGGCAGCCGCAGCAGGGACAGGCCACCGUCCAGCAGAAGAUCGGCACCCAGCAGGUGACGGUGCAGGCAGCCCAGCCCACCCAGCAGCAACAGCAACAGCAGCAACAGCAGCAGAAGGUGACCUACGCUGCCACCACCCAACUCCAACCGGGAAUCAAGACCCAGUUCUUUCCCACACCCAUCACCCACGCUCAGAAACCCGCUGGAGCCCAGCAAAUGCAGGUGGCGAAGCUCCCACAGAUGGUGCAGCAGCAGGCCAACAUCCAACACAUCGUGUCGUCUCCUCAGCAGAUCCAGGCUCAGACCGUGACCCAGGCAGCCACGUCCGCUCCUGCUCAGGUGCAGAUGAUUCCCGCUGGGACGGCGACAGCCCAGGUAGUCCAGCAGAAGAUCAUCCAGCAGCAGGUGGUGACCGCAGCCACGUCGCCUCAGAUCCAGACGCCUCCUCCCCACAGCCCCGCCCAGCAGCAGGCGGCUUCUUCUGCCGCCGAGUCCCCUGUGCAGCAGCCCCAGCAGCCCACCAAGGGCCAAGCUCGCCAGGGCGGCAUCAGGGCUAAAACUCCUGCCAAGCCCAGCGGGGCGGGCAGCAGCUGAAUGCAGCACUGAGGCUCUCAUGGUUCCCACCAACACGACACCAAACCCUCACCUGAUGCUGACUGGGCUCAACACGGAAACCGUUUCAUCGAUCUCAGCACGGCUGCUGUGGUGGUCAACACUUCUUCAGUUCUUUGUUGUUUUGAAUGUUUCUUAAAAUUACCACGAC